GACUCUGAAGCACGGUACAGAGAAGGACAGGUAAGGUUCAGUGCUCACUCUUCAUCUGGACAUGUCUGUGACUCUGAAUUAACGUGUUUCCUGAAUGCUCACCUUGAAUAUUCACCUGUUCUGCGGCUGAAGGAGGAACCAUGAGCCCCUGAACCCCUGGACUGGACUCCCCCAUCUGCACAGAGUCCCUCGGCUCCGCCUUGGGUGAAGCUGACAGACUCCAGCUCCGUCACCGCCACCUCGUCUCUGCCCAAGCAGCGCCGCUCACAGCCCUCCCCGACCGGGGAGGCUCCUCUCCAGAGAUGAAGGGCGAUGGAUCAGAGUAUCUGUGUUUAAUCCUCCUGCUCCUCCACCAGACCUCUGUCUCCAGACCAGCUCCAGAGAGGUUCCAGGUUGUUGGUCCAGCCGAUCCUGUUGUUGCUGAUGUUGGUGAAGGAAUUGUUCUGCCCUGUUACCUCGAACCCAAUAUCAGCGCUGAAGACAUGCGUGUGGAAUGGUUCAGAGUUGACGCUGCAAUCACACAAGUGCAUCUUUACCAACAGCGAGAGAACAAAAAUGACAGUCAGUCCCCAUCUUACAGAGGAAGGACAGCACUGUUCCCAGAGGAGCUGAAGAAAGGCAACGCUUCACUAAGACUGAGCAGUGUGGAAGUCUCUGAUGGGGGACAGUAUAAAUGUCUGAUUCAGUCUGAUCUGUGGUAUGAGGAUGUUUCUCUUUCAGUGACAGUAAGAGCUGUAGGAACUGAUCCAGUGAUCUCCAUGGAGGGAUACAGAGAAGGGGGGAUCGGCCUGCUGUGUGAAUCUAAAGGCUGGCAUCCUGAGCCUGAACUCAUCUGGCUGGACAGUGAGGGACACAGUCUCCCUGCUGGACCUACAGAGACACUCAGAGACAGUAUGGGCCUCUUCAUCGUGAGACGAAGUGUCAUCGUACAGGAGGGAGACACUACUAGGUUCACCUGUCGAGUUCAACAGCAGCAGAUCAAUCAGGAGAAGGAGACAGAGUUUCACAUCCCUGCCUCAGAGAACACGUGCAAGUAG